GGGAGGGAGGGAGGGAGGGAGCGAGCGAGCGAGCAGCCGCGCCGCCGCCUCGCAAUCCGCCGCCAUCCCGCCGCCUCCGCGCCCGACCGCCGCCCGACCGCCAUCGCCCGGCCCAGUCGCGCCCGUGGAACCAGACCAGGCAGAUCAGGAGCGGUGCCGAGAAAAAUUUCCUUACUAGAUGACAUUUCAUCGCAAUGUCAGAUCGUUUGGGGCAAAUAAACAAGGGCAAGGAUGGGAAAAGCAAGUAUUCGACUCUCAGCCUGUUUGAUAAGUAUAAAGGAAAAUCAGUAGACGCGAUCAGAUCUUCAGUUAUUCCUAGACAUGGCUUACAGAGUCUUGGGAAAGUUGCCACAGCCCGGCGUAUGCCGCCACCUGCAAACCUGCCAAGCUUGAAGUCUGAAAACAAAGGAAACGACCCCAACAUUGUUAUAGUACCCAAGGACGGAACAGGAUGGGCAAACAAGCAGGAUCAGCAAGACCCAAAGAGUUCCAAUGCAACGGCCUCUCAGCCGCUGGAGUCGCUGCCGCAGCCGGGUUUGCAGAAAUCUGUCUCCAAUUUACAGAAACCGACACAGUCAAUCAGUCAGGAGAACACAAAUUCAGUGCCAGGUGGACCAAAGUCAUGGGCACAGCUGAAUGGAAAGCCAGUAGGACACGAAGGUGGUUUAAGGGGCUCAAGCCGACUAUUAUCCUUCUCUCCCGAGGAAUUUCCGACGCUGAAAGCAGCUGGAGGGCAGGACAAGGCUGGCAAAGAAAAGGGCGUCUUAGAUCUGUCGUAUGGGCCAGGACCAAGCCUCCGCCCACAGAAUGUGACAAGCUGGAGGGAGGGCGGUGGGCGAAACAUAAUUUCUGCCACGUCUCUGAGCGCCUCCCCAACUGAGCUGGGCAGCAGGAACUCGAGUGCAGGAGACGGAGCCCCCUCCUCGGCAUGUACCAGCGAUUCUAAGGACCCCUCUCUCCGCCCGGCUCAGCCUGUUCGAAAAGGGGCUUCACAGUUCAUGGGAAAUGUAUACCACCCACCUACAUACCAUGACAUGCUUCCUGCUUUUAUGUGUUCGCCACAGUCAUCAGAGAACCAGGGUACAGUGGAACGAGGAUCUUUCCCCCUUCCUCAGCUCCGUCUCGAACCCCGUGUUCCUUUUAGACAGUUCCAGAUGAAUGACCAAGAUGGGAAAGAAAACAGACUGGGAACGACUCGCCCAAUCCGUCCACUGAGGCAGCUAGUGGAACGGGCGCCACGACCUACCAUCAUCAAUGCAGAAAACCUGAAGGGCCUCGAUGACUUGGACACAGAUGCCGAUGAUGGCUGGGCAGGCCUCCAUGAAGAAGUUGAUUAUUCUGAAAAACUGAAGUUCAGUGAUGAUGAAGAGGAGGAAGAAGUGAAGGAUGGCAGGCCAAAGUGGAAUGGUUGGGACCCUAGAAGGCAGAGACAGUUGUCAAUGAGCUCUGCGGACAGUGCUGAUGCCAAACGCACACAAGAGGAUGGAAAGGACUGGAGCGAGACAGCAGGCAUGAACCGUGUCAUCCGGAAGGUGCCAGAACCUCAGCCACCUUCCAGGAAGCCGCACAGCUGGGCAUCAGGGCCUGACUGCCAGAAACCAUCAAUGGGUGGUGUGUUCCGGCAACAGUCUGUUGAGGACAAAGAGGACAAACCACCCCCACGGCAGAAGUUCAUCCAGUCUGAGAUGUCUGAGGCUGUGGAACGAGCCCGAAAACGCCGGGAAGAGGAGGAGCGCCGGGCACGGGAGGAGAGAUUGGCUGCCUGUGCAGCUAAGCUCAAACAGCUGGAUCAGAAGUGCAAGCAGGCCCAGAAGGCAAGUGAGGCCCAAAAACAAGUGGAGAAGGAAGCCCCCCGGUCUCCAGGCACAGAGAAGGUGUCUCCACAAGAGAAUGGUCCCACUGUCCGCAAAGUCUCCCCAGAGUUUGCUGCCCAAGAAGCCCCCAGCACCUUUUCAGAAGAAGCCCCCACAACAGCUCCAGCAGUGGCUCAAAGCAGCAGCAGUGAGGAGGGGAUUCGGGAGUCUGGGUCACCAGCUCAGGAGUUCAACAAGUAUCAGAAGUCAUUACCCCCUAGAUUCCAGCGCCAGCAGCAACAGCAGCAGCAGCAGCAGCAGCAGCAACAGGAACAACUGUACAAGAUGCAGCACUGGCAGCCAGUGUACCCACCACCCUCCCAUCCACAGCGCACCUUCUACCCACACCACCCCCAGAUGCUGGGCUUUGAUCCCAGGUGGAUGAUGAUGCCUUCCUACAUGGACCCACGAAUCCCUCCUACUCGGACCCCCGUGGAUUUCUACCCCUCAGCCCUGCACCCCUCGGGAUUGAUGAAACCCAUGAUGCCCCAGGAUUCACUCAGUGGAACUGGCUGUCGCUCUGAGGAUCAGAACUGUGUGACCCCUCUCCAAGAAAGAAAAGUUACCACCAUCGACACAGCCCCUGUGUGGAGCCCAGAGGGCUACAUGGCACUGCAGAGCAAGGGCUACUCACUCCCCCACCCGAAAUCAAACGAUGCCUUGGCAAUGGACAUGCAUGUCAGGAAUGAAAGCUCUUACUCUGCCUCACCCAGAAGGUCCGGGGGCGUAAGUGCCCAGCGCGAUCUCCUUGAGGAGAGAGGGGAGGAGUACUUGAGUGCUUUUGACAAGAAGGCCCCAGCAGACUUUGACAGCUGUGUUUCUUCUCAAAGAAUAGGCCAGGAGCUUUUGUUUCCACCCCAAGAAAAUGUUCAGGAAGCAGGUGAUCCUGGGGGUCAUCCCCCAAAACUCAGGUGCUCCCCACUGGAGCCUGACUUUACCCCUACUGAGAAAAAGCAAGAGUAUAGCAAUUGGGAUGUUGGCCAUCAAUCAAAGGCCGUUGACACAGCCAACGGUGUCGAGAAGGAGGUGUCCCGGGAGGAAUCAUCCUUUAACCUUUGCUCCUGGGGAAAGGAGGGGAGCCCUAACAAACAGGCACCCCUGGAGCCUGAGUGGACUUCUGAAGCCCGGGGCUCUGGCAGCCAACAUCAGGAGCAGCCUGGCAGGACCCGGCGGUCGGGGCCCAUCAAGAAACCUGUCCUCAAGGCUCUUAAGGUAGAAGACAAGGAGAAGGAACUAGAGAAGCUGAAGCAGGACCUGGGGGAGGAGACCACCCGCCUGGCAAAAGAGAAGAGGGCUUACAAGGCUGAAAAGGAUGAAGAUGAAGAGAACAACCCUUCGCUGGCCAACUCCUCCCCCACCCCCAUAGAGGACAAGGGUUCUACUCAUGCUAGCUUGGGCCAUGAGGCCAGCAAGUUUGAGGAGGAGGAGAAGCCUGAUAAAGCUUGGGAGACCAGACCCUCCCGGGAGUCCAGUGAUAACCCCCCAACAAAGAGAAACAAUUGGAUCUUUAUUGAUGAGGAGCAGGCCUUUGGGGGAAGAGGGCAGACCCGGAGCCGGGGACGAGGGUUCCGAGAAUUCACUUUCCGUGGCCGGCCAGCUGGUGGCAGCAGCAUCUGUGGUGGUGGGGUCCUAGGGGCACGGGGGAUCUAUAGUAAUAGUCAGCGGAGCACCCCUCGGGGCCGGGGACUGCGAGACUUUGGUCAGCUUGAAGACUUCCCGAGAGCCAAACCCCGGCGGCGAGUUGCCAGUGAGACCCAUAGUGAGGGCUCUGAGUAUGAGGAACUCCCCAAGCGGCGCCGCCAGCGGGGUGUGGAAACUGGGAAUGAAAGUUCAUUCUUGGAGCGGGAAGAAGGCCCCACAAAGAAAGGUGACUUCAGAGAUUCCUGGCGCUCCAACAAAGUGUAUCCUGAGGACCAUGCUGGACUGGAGUCCAAGAGCCGGGGCCCCCGGGCCUUUGGGCGAGCCCUUCCACCCAGACUAAGCAAUUGUGGGUAUGGUCGCCGUACCUUCCUGUCCAAAGAAAACUCCCACUGGCCUGGCAAGAGCCCCAGCACCUGGCAGGAGUACAACACACCUGAUGUGUGUGAGGCUCAGCGACCCACAGACAGAGACUAUACCCCAGACCAUUAUAGAUACUCAGAUUCCUUCAGCAGCCGGGGCUUUGAGGAUGGCCACCUGGAGGACAAGCGACCCUACUUCCCUGAUGACCACAUAGUUGAUCCGGAAAGCUCUGAUAAUCGAACCUUUAGGAGACGGCGCCCCCCACGCCAGGACAAGCCCCCUCGCUUCCGACGUCUGCGGCAAGAGCGUGAGGCUCUGGGCCUAUGGGGGCCGGAGGAGGAGCCGCACGUGCUGGCCAGCCAGUGGACAAGCAGGUCCAAACUCUGUCCUGGGGACAAGAAUGGAGCUAUGGGUCACAAGUCCCCUGAUCUUUCAUACCAGAACUCCUCAGAUCACGCCAAUGAAGAGUGGGAGACUGCCUCUGAGAGCAGUGACUUCAGUGAGAGGCGGGAGCGACGAGAAGGCCCCGGGACUGAGCCUGAUGUCCCACUAGAUGUGGGCCUCUCUGGGGCAAGUUCAGGGGAGAAGAAGGAGUUGGCCAAGAGAAGCUUCUCCAGUCAAAGACCACUGGUUGACAGACAGAGCCGAAAGCUGGAGCCGGGAGGGUUUGGGGAGAAGUCUGGUAGGCCAGGUGGUGGUGAAACUUCUCCCCGUUUUGAGAGCCAACAGAAUGGGACGCCUUUGAAAGCCAAAAGGUCCCCCGAUGAGGCCUUGCCUGGAGGUCUCAGUGGCUGCAGCAGUGGGAAUGGUCAUUACACCCUGGAACGGGCAGCUCAUGGCAACUCAGACAUCCCUGAAGUCACCUGUGAGAAGGCAGAGAAGGAGGCCAAGUUGACAGCACAGAGGGCCGGUGAGCAGGGAGAGGCCAUGAAGCAGUUUGACCUGAGCUAUGGAAAUGCCAUCAUUGAAAAUUGUGGGUCUAGCCCUGUGGAGGAAAGUGAAGUGGGUUCCAUGGUAGCUGAAGGCUUCAUUGAAGUCCUGACAAAGAAGCAACGCCGCCUACUAGAGGAAGAGAGGAGAAAGAAGGAGCAAGCUGUGCAGGUGCCUGUCAAAGGUCGAGGUCUCUCCUCCCGUAUUCCUCCUCGGUUUGCUAAGAAGCAGAACAACCUCUGCCUGGAGCAAGGUGAUGUGGCUGUGCCUGGUAACAGCUUAGGCACCGAGAUCUGGGAGAGCAGUAGCCAAGCCCUCCCGGUUCAGGCCACAACCAGUGACACUUGGACUAAAGCUGCCACUGCCUUCAAUAAUACUGAGUCUGGCUCUGCCGAGCAGGGUUUUAAGAGCAGCCAAGGAGACAGCGGUGUGGACCUGAGUGCCGAGUCUCGAGAGUCCUCUGCCACCUCCUCACAACGCAGCUCCCCAUACGGCACCCUGAAACCAGAGGAGAUGACUGGGUCAAGCCUGGAGGCCAAGGCUGACAGUCACAAGGAGCAGACUCAGAAGCAGCCUGAGCAGAAGGAUUCAGAACAAAGCACAGGACACAGCAAGGAACACAGGCCAGGACCCAUUGGCAAUGAGCGUUCUCUGAAAAACAGAAAGGGCUCAGAAGGAGCUGAGCGAUUGCAAGGGGCUGGUGUCCCCCCAGUUAAUGGGGUGGAGAUUCACGUGGACUCUGUGCUGCCAGUGCCACCUAUCGAGUUUGGAGUCAAUCCAAAGGACUCUGAUUUCAGCUUGCCACCUGGUUCUGCUUCUGGUCCCUCAGGAAAUCCAGUUGUCAAACUGCAAGAUGCCUUGGCCAAUAAUGCUGGGCUGACACAGAGCAUUCCCAUUCUCCGGCGCGAUCACCACAUCCAGAGAGCCAUCGGCCUCUCCCAAAUGUCCUUUCCCACUGCUGACCUCACCUUGAAGAUGGAGUCUGCACGCAAGGCGUGGGAAAACUCACCCAGCUUGCCGGAGCAGAGCUCUCCAGGAGGUGCUGGCUCUGGCAUGCAAUCCCCAUCCUCUGUGGGAGCCUCCAACGGGGUCAACUAUAGUUCCUUCGGGGGAGUGUCCAUGCCGCCCAUGCCUGUGGCCUCCGUAGCACCUUCUGCUUCUCUUCCUGGCAACCACCUGCCACCCCUGUACCUAGAUGGCCACGUGUUUGCAAGUCAGCCCCGGCUUGUUCCUCAAACGAUACCUCAACAACAGAGUUAUCAACAGGCUGCCGCUGCCCAGCAGAUCCCCAUCUCCUUGCACACAUCUCUGCAGGCUCAAGCCCAGCUUGGACUGAGGGGUGGGCUUCCUGCUUCCCAGUCUCAAGAGAUCUUCAGCUCCUUACAGCCCUUCAGGUCUCAGGUGUACAUGCACCCCAGCCUGUCACCACCCAGCACCAUGAUCCUCUCUGGAGGCACAGCCUUGAAGCCUCCAUACUCGGCAUUCCCAGGCAUGCAGCCUUUGGAGAUGGUAAAGCCCCAGUCUGGCUCACCAUACCAGCCCAUGAGCGGAAACCAAGCCCUGGUCUAUGAGGGUCAGCUCAGCCAAGCUGCUGGUCUGAGUGCCUCCCAGAUGUUGGACUCUCAGCUGCCACAGCAGCUGACAAUGCCGCUGCCCGGCUCCCAGUUGCCUCUGCCUCGGUAUGGCUCUGGACAGCAGCCCCUGAUUCUGCCACAGUCCAUUCAGUUGCCGCAGGGACAAAGCCUCUCUGUCGGGGCACCUCGAAGAAUCCUUCCACCUGGGUCCCAGCCUUCAGUCCUCAACACCAGCAGAGAGUCCUCUCAGAUGGAAAUGAAGGGCUUCCACUUUGCCGACAGUAAACAGAAUGUUCCUUCUGGAGGUUCCGUGCCAUCACCACAGACCUACAGGCCUAGCUCUGCUAGCCCCAGUGGGAAGCCCUCUGGAUCAGCAGUUAACAUGGGCUCUGUGCAGGGACACUACGUUCAACAGGCAAAACGAGUGGAUGAAAAACCCAGCCUGGGAGCCGUGAAAUUGCAGGAGAGCCCCUCAGCCACCUCUCAGAUGAAGCGAACUGGAGCGAUCAAGCCACGGGCUGUGAAAGUGGAAGAGAGCAAGGCCUGAAGGUGCUCGGCCAUGUGAGGACAGUACCUCUGAGACAACCGGAUGCUCGGGAAUCUCAUUCGAUUCAACACUUGACCAUCUGGCCCUGACUGAGUGAUCUCCCUUCUCUUUCCCACUCCUCAAAGUCCAUUGUCCUGCCAGCUUGCCCCCAUGGAAACAUGGCCUUGACCUGCUUGCUUAAAUAUGAAACAAAAGAAAAAGCAAACGACUCCAUCCCCAUCUCUUUGCCACCGUGACUGUGGCAUGACUCGAGCCUUUGUGCAGUGAGCUCAUCUCCCUGUGCCCCACCCUGCCGACAUAGCCUGGGGCACUCUCAGCAGGGCUCCCAGUAUGCCCUCCUCCCCAGCCCCUGGCACAGUGAGUCGGCACCAGGGGUAUUUUGGUUUGAGGCUUUUUGUUUUAAAAAGCAGCUAGGGAUUUUACAAAGGAGAAGGGAGAAGAAAGCAAAGCCUAGCCUACAUCUGUAUAGCUGAACUUUUGUACGUUCUUCUCUCCUGUAGCCUCUCCUCUGGCAGUGACCCCUCUCUGCGUCACUAAUAACUUAAGAGAUGACUCUUAAGAAUGCACCCCCCCCCCACCCUUGCCCUCUCUCAGUUGGUGAACCUUCAAGAUAGCUUGCAAAGAGAAGUGGUGGUUGUUUUGAUGCCUCUCAAGAAUGGCUCCCAUGUGAAGCUGUGAGCUUUGGGCUCUGUGCUGAGAGCAGAGGUAGAUGGUACCUCAGAUGGGUUCUAUUCCCUGGCCCCCGAGAGACUUAGACACACAGUGGAGGUGAUGUUUUUAGAAUAGGGACCACACAAAAAUUGUCCUGACCUCUUUUAAUGACCCUGGAUCUGUUGUCCCCACCCUGUCCGUCCGUCUCCCCUCCCCUCCCCCCCCAAAAUCAUGGAGUCACUGGUGUUUGCCAUUGUGACCUCAACACCACAAUGAGUCGACACCUCCCAGGCCCCAAGUAGUGUCCCUGCUUCUGGGGUUCUCCCCUGAGGGUUGCUGUUCUCACACGUCCUCCCCUCAAAACUUUCCAUGACAUGCCCCUUUUCCUCAAACCUUCCCCACCAACUCUCAUGCAGCUCAUUACUAGAAACCAUAUCAUCUCCCCUGUAUGGUGGCAUGAGUGCAGGACAGCUGUGUGGUCUUGUAGCAGAGAUGAACAGUCUGUGAGACACUGGGGAACUUCCUUUUUCUCCUCCUUCUUUUUGAUCCCAGCAACAGUCCCAGGUAGUUGGGGGACUUGUGCUGGGUUUUCACCUCACUAUUCUCUCUUGACAGGAGUAGGGCAGGGCAAGUCUACAGAGCUGCCUCCAGCAGAAUAUCUGUGUGAGCCAUUUCAUACUGGGGUUUUGUUUCCGUCCUCUUUCCCUCCCUCGCUUCCACAAGAUACAGAAGAAAAUCAUCCCGGGUUCUGUCAUUCCAGUGAAAGGGGAGGGAAAUUUCCAGUUUUGCACAUACUCAGUAGAGUAGCCAGAUAGCUAUUUAAAAUAGUUGUUCCCAUCCACUAUAUGGUGAUGGUGAUGUUGAUGGGGGGUGUUUAGAGAGCACCUCACUCAGGAUGAGCAUAUGUGGAUGGGAUCAUUGUCACUGCAGCUGUGUGACAGGCACUUGGACUAUGGUUCUAAAGCUUUGUGUCUGGUAUAAACAUGGGGGAAACACUGCUUAGGAGCUGCUGAAGUCAGUCCCUCUCAUUGCCCCUUACUGCUUUAGGAAGUGGAGAUAAGGCCCAAGUCUCCUGGAGAGGGAGACCUUUUCUUGAAAGAUGCUUUAACGCUUAAUUUAUGGCUUUCAGUACUGCCCUUGCUUCUACUCUCAGACCUUUUCACCAGCUUGUCUGCUUUUUCCUUCAUCCCCUGAAUCACCGUUCUUAGUUCCUUCUGGGAGGGCUGCCUAGCUGACAGAGUGCUCAUGCUUGCCUGCUCUUCCUCCUUUUCCCUGCUGUCCCUGGGAGCUCCCACUCUGGCCCGGAUGACCCCAUAGGGAGCCACACUUGUUCACUUCUGCUUCUGCUGUCAGCAUCACAGCCAGACCCACCUCAUUCCUGUGCUCACUCUUUGUCAAGAGGAAAAACGAUUUCAGAUACAACACAACAGUCCUGGAUGCUGUUACAAACUCAAGAUGUACCUUCAGGUGAACCCGCCAUCAAAGGGACAGUACUUUCUGUUUGAGGAAGAAACACACACAUACAUACACACACACACACACACACACACACACACACACACACCACCCCACGUAUUCUCCAGCCCUUUUCUCCACCCUGUAUCCCCCCUCCAAUAAAAACAGAAGACACUAGAAUUUAUUUAUAUGUAUUGAUGUUGUAGGUCUAGGUUUAAAAAAAGGUAAAUGUUUCACUGCUCUAUUUAUAUAUAAUGUCUGAAUUACUCUGUGCAGAAAAGGCCAGGAAAUUGCAUGUGAAGUUAAGUGCAUUCACCACCGCUGUGUGCCCAACUGCAGUCUCUUUCCCGCUAAGAUACAGAUUUUCAAUUGGAAUUUGAGGCAGAGGGUUGACCUCAAGCCUGCCCAAUACCCCAGCCUUUUCCUUGGUCUGAUUAAAUACAGAUUUUAGUGCAGAGA